AUGUUUGCACAUUCUCUAAUUACGCACCACAACGCCGUUGGCACUGCAAGCUGUGUUUACGAGCUUACGCUGAUCAUAAACAAGUAUUCCAACAACACGGGCUCCAACGACACCAGCAGUCCAUUGAACUUUGCUGAGAGUCCUCCAUACUACCCCAGCCCCUGGGCAGAGGACACCACCGGCGACUGGGCUGAUGCCAUCACCAAGGCAAAGGCAUUUGUCAGCCAGCUUACUCUCAUCGAGAAAGUGAACCUCACCACCGGAACUGGAUGGCAGAGUGACGCUUGCGUUGGCAACGUUGGCGCCAUCCCCCGUCUCGACUUCGACCCUCUAUGCUUGCAAGACAGCCCUCUGGGUAUCCGUUUCGCCGAUUACGUCUCUGCUUUCCCCGCAGGUGGCACUAUCGCUGCAUCAUGGGACCGUGGCGAGUUCUACCGCCGUGGCUACCAGAUGGGUCAGGAGCACCGCGCAAAGGGUGUCGACGUGCAACUCGGCCCUGCUAUCGGUCCUCUUGGUCGCCAUCCCAAGGGCGGACGUAACUGGGAAGGUUUCUCCCCUGACCCAGUCUUGACUGGCCAUGCUGUCGCCGACACCGUUCGCGGUAUCCAGGACGCUGGUGUCAUUGCCUGCACCAAGCACUUCAUCAUGAACGAGCAGGAGCACUUUCGCCAGCCCGGUAACUUCGAGGACUUUGGCUUCGUCGAUGCCAUCAGCUCCAACUUGGAUGACAAGACUCUGCACGAGCUCUACCUGUGGCCUUUCGCCGACGCCAUCCGUGCUGGAACUGGAUCUAUCAUGUGCUCUUACAACAAGGUCAACAACUCCCAGGUCUGCCAGAACUCGUACCUCCAGAACUACAUCCUGAAGGGCGAGCUUGGCUUCCAAGGUUUCAUCGUCUCUGAUUGGGAUGCCCAACACUCUGGUGUCUCUUCCACCCUUGCUGGUUUGGACAUGACUAUGCCCGGUGACACCGACUUCAACUCCGGCCAGUCCUUCUGGGGAACCAACCUGACCAUCUCCAUCCUCAACGGUACCGUUCCCCAGUGGCGUCUCGACGAUGCGGCUGUCCGUAUCAUGGCUGCCUACUACUUCGUCGGCCUCGACGAGUCCAUCCCUGUCAACUUCGACAGCUGGCAACGCGACACUUACGGAUACGAGCACUACUACGCACAGGUUGGCAACAAGCUCGUCAACCAGCACAUUGACGUUCGCAUGGACCACUUCCGCUCCAUUCGCCGCUCUGCUGCCAAGUCGACUGUCAUGCUCAAGAACUCUGGAGUCCUUCCUCUCUCUGGAAACGAGAAGUGGACUGGUGUCUUCGGUAACGACGCUGGUGAGAACGAGUACGGUCCCAACGGAUGCGCCGACCGUGGCUGUGACAACGGCACUCUGGCCAUGGGCUGGGGAUCUGGAACCGCUGACUUCCCUUACUUGGUCACCCCUCUCGAGUCCAUCAAGCGCGAGGUCACUGACAACGGUGGUGUUGUCACUUCCGUCACCGACAACUGGGCCUACGCGCAGAUCCAGGCAAUGGCUAGCCAGGUUAGCCACGCUAUCGUCUUUGUCAACGCCGACUCUGGUGAAGGUUACAUCACCGUCGAUGGUAACAUGGGUGACCGCAACAACCUCACUGUCUGGCAAGACGGUGAGACUCUGAUCCAGAACGUUUCGGCACUGUGCAACAACACCAUUGUCGUCAUCCACUCUGUCGGACCCGUCCUUGUCAACAACUUCUACGACAACGAGAACAUCACUGCCAUUCUCUGGGCUGGUCUCCCCGGCCAAGAGUCUGGUAACGCCAUCGUCGACAUCCUCUACGGCCGCCACAACCCCGGUGGCAAGCUUCCCUUCACCAUUGGCAGCUCCCAGGAAGAGUACGGCCCCGAUGUCACCUACGAGCCCACCAACGGCCACGGCAGCCCCCAGGACAACUUCGACGAGGGUGUCUUCAUUGACUACCGCGCGUUCGACAAGAAGAACAUCACUCCCAUCUACGAGUUCGGUUUCGGUCUCUCCUACACCACCUUCGAGUACUCUAACAUCAGUGUCGUCAAGGUGCCUGCUGGCGCGUACGAGCCCACUACUGGUCAGACCAUCGCUGCCCCUACUCUUGGCAACUACAGCAGGAACAUUGAGGAGUACCAGUUCCCCGCCAACUUCACCCGCCCGGCCACCUUCAUCUACCCCUACCUGAACUCGACUGAUCUUGCUGAGGCGUCGCAAGACCCUGAGUACGGUGUCGACUACACGUGGCCUGAAGGUUCCACUGAUGGCUCACCCCAGGCUCGCAUCGCCGCCGGUGGUGCUCCCGGUGGUAACCCUCAGCUGUGGGACGUCCUCUACACUGUCGAGGCCACCAUCACCAACAACGGCACCGUUGCUGGUGACGAAGUCGUCCAGUGCUACAUUGCUCUCGGUGGACCUGAAGACCCCGUGGUCCAGCUCCGCGCCUUUGACCGUCUGAGCAUCCAGCCCGGCAUGAGCGCUACCUUCCACGCUGACAUCACCCGCCGUGACAUCAGCAACUGGGACGUUGCCGCCCAGAACUGGGUCAUUUCCGAGUACCCCAAGACGGUGUACGUCGGUGCUAGCUCGCGUAAGUUGUUGCUUACUGCUGAGAUGGACACCAGCGACUACACUUCCUAG